UUGAAGCGACAACAAAACAAAACCGUCGUCCGCCGACCGUAAAGAGCUAAACAGUAAAAUUUCAUCUUGGCUUCGGAACGAAAAAAAAACGCAAUGACCGAACAACCGUCGGUCACGAGAAGAACUUACGCCCGCCGUGUCCCACUGUGCCGCCUCUGCCUGCAGGAGUACCCGAAAGAUGACCUGCUGGAAAUAUUUUCCCGCGGAUCCGACUGGAAGAAGCGAAUCUUCCGAGCCGCAGGAAUCAAGCCCCACCGGAACGACGCCGUCACCCGGAUGUGCACCACCUGCCGGACGAUGAUCGACACCAUCGUAAGCUUCCAGGAAAUUUGCCAACAGACGGAACUGUUGAUGAGAAAGAGCGGUUUCCAUCCCAGUGGCAUCGUCGCCGGGGAUCGUUGGUCCAAAGCCACGGGGUUGAUUGAAUCGUUGUUAGAGGUGGUCACCCAACACAGGGAAGCCGUGAUGCAAGUGGAAUCUGGUCAGGAGGUCACUGCCACAAGCACGGCCACCAUCGUAACGGAAAAGGAAAUCUUCGAAGUUAGCGUCGCCAUGGGCGAAGAAGAGUACUUGGAGGAAGAGAGUGCUGGGGAUGAGGAGCAGAAAGAGGCGGAGGCGAUUGAACAGCUGCCGGUGGACAUUAAAGAAGAGGAAGAGGACGAGAUCCAGGACGACCGGGAUAGUGAUUAUCACUAUGAGGAAGAGCAAGAGGAGGAGUCAGAUCAAGAGGACAGUGAGGAGGAACAGAAGAAGCCAAAAAAGAAUCGGGAUCGAAGGAGACUCAACGAAUUGAAACAAAAGUAUAGGACUGAGAAGGUGAUGUGCGACACGUGUGGAGAGCUGGUGUCGCAAAUCAGUCUCGAGGGGCACCUGAAUCGGCAUCUGGGCGUUAAGCCGUUCGUGUGCGAAAUCGAAGGCUGCGGCAGGCAGCUGUAUUCGAAGUAUAGCCUGCAGCAGCACAGGCAUCUGCACAAGAGCAUUAUGAGGUAUUACGAUUGUCCGGAUUGUGGCAAACGGAUCAAGGGAACGAACUGCUGGAUGCGGCACAGGAAAUUGCACACCGAGGAUCCCAAGCAUGAGUGCGGCGUUUGCGGGAAGAAGUUCCGACGGAAAUUCGGGUUGAAGCUGCACGCGGUGGUCCACACGGGAGUGGCACUCUUUCCGUGCAAAAUUUGCGGCAAGCGUUUCACGGUGAAGCACAAUCUUGGUGCUCACUACAGAACCCAUAAGCGGAACGGAACCUAUCCGGCGGAGAUGCAGUCCAAAGAGGAACAUCAGGAGAUCUAUCAACAGACCGAGCAGAAUAGCUAAAGGGAAUAAUACAAUCGGACAAUCGACUCGCGAUUAUUCUUCUAUCACAGAA